ACCUACACCAUGGCGUGUCGCUGCAGAUAUCUGAAACAGAUCUUCACCAACUGCUGCUUCUGCUAUUCCCUGCGAUUCGGGGUGCUGCUCUUUGGCUGCAUCUUCCUCACCUGGUUUGUCUACAUCACCAUUGGCACCGGCUUCAUGAUGGAGUGCAUCUUCCCGGCGGAGUACCAGCGGUCGAUCUUCGCAGCACCGGCUGCCCUCAAGGCCACUAUGGUUUUCUCCUUUUUCGGAAUCAUAGUCUCUGCAAUGCUCUGCCUUGGAGUGCAUAAUAACAAUGAGAUGCUCUUUUUACCCUUUCUGGGUUUUACGCCAAUUUGGAUACUGGUUCACAUUCUGUCCUUGACAGUCUAUGCCUUCAAUUGGGUGAUAAUAACCCUGACAGUCAUCACAAUGUUUAUUUUGCUGUACGCCUGGUUAGUGGUUUGGUCCUACUAUGUGGAACUUCUAUUCGCCUACGAGGAAGAAUUGGAAACUGGUUAUGUCUAAGAUCGAUAACUGAUUGUACAAUAUUUACAACUUUCAAAAUAAAUUUCUGUCAUUCAAA